CGUUCAGAUCAUCGCGUGGUCUGCCUUGGCUUCCAUAUUGCAGCGGUUAGCACGGGAGGCCGCCCGGUGACCGAGCAACUAGCUAUUUCCGACACCCUACUCCUCGGGACGCCCGACCGCCUUUGUGUCUGCAUUUACUCGGUGACAGAGGAGCCCAGGGCCUGAUACCUAGCCCCACCAAAAGGGGGUCAGGGGGGGACCGGGACAUGGCGACUCAGGUGGAGGCUCCACUGCUACCCGCGAACCCGCUGCCGCCCCUGCAGCAGCAGCCACCGGAGGAGGUGGAGGAGAGGCAGCCGGAGGGUGGUAUGCAGCCUAAGGAGGAUGGGUGCCAGGAGGGAGAGGAAGGGCUUGCGCGGAAGGAGUUUGUGGAGGCUCCUCCACCCAAGGUGAACCCCUGGAUCAAAUCGAGCGGGGGCAACGGGGGACCGGUCAAUGGGCAGUUGCCAAUAGAGACGCCGGUUCCAGCCAAAGUGGUGAAAGCCGGGCUCCCGAAGCCGAGACGGGGCAGCAAGGUCGGUGAUUUUGGGGAUGCCACAAACUGGCCCACGCCUGGGGAAAUCGCCCAUAAGAGCGCUCCGCCACCUUCCAAACUACAAUCGACACGGAGGUCUCUGGGAAAGAAAGACAUGAAAGAAGAAAGCGCCGACGGGAAGGAAAACCAAAGGGUGAAAUCCGACGAGUCCAGCGAGGAGAAGAACGGCGAUGAUGAUGGCCAGAGAUCAUCCCAGAAAAAGAAAGGAAACAAACACAAGUGGGUCCCACUUCAGAUUGAAGUGAAAGCAGACGGACCAAGAGACAAAACGGCAGCGAGAAACAACCGCCAGAACGAACAGCAGCGCCACGCUCUGAACCGCAGCGACCCCAAAGCUUGGUACUCGGACAACAAGCACGACCGGGACUGGCCGGACUACGACGACACCUCCAGCGUGAAAAGCGAGGGGGCUGUCCGUGGAGGCUUCCGUGGAAGGGGGCGAGGCCGGGGCAGAGGAAGAGGACGCGGAAGAGGCGGUACUCGAUCUCAUUUCGACUACCAGUACGCAUACAGGAAGUUUGACGGCUCCGACGGAUCUCGUGGCCCCAAAUACCCGAGUAACAUCACUUACUACUACGACAACAUGAGCAGCUCAGAGCUAUACAGCGUGGACCAGGAGCUGCUGAAAGAUUACAUCAAACGCCAGAUAGAAUAUUACUUCAGUGUGGACAACUUGCAGAGGGACAUCUUCCUGCGCAGAAAGAUGGACACCGAGGGAUUUCUGCCCAUAAGCCUGAUUGCCAGCUUCCAUAGAGUGCAGGCGCUCACCACAGACGUUGGGUUGAUUAUAAAGGCACUAAAAGACAGCAAAGUGGUGGAGAUCAUUGAUGAGAAGAUCAGGCGACUGGAACAGCCAGACAUUUGGCCGCUACCCGGACCCUCUCUCUCGGACGCCUCUCAGACCGACUUCUCCCAGCUUAUCGAUUGCCCCGAGUUUGUACCCAGGCAGGGAUUCCAGAAAGAAACAGAAUCCGCUCCCGGGUCUCCACGAAGCUCCAGUCCCAAUCUGACGACAAAGCCCGAGGAAGUCAGUAAUUUAAAGACUAUGCCCAAGGGCCUGUCGGCCAGUCUCCCCGAUCUGGACUCCGAAACCUGGAUCGAAGUCAAGAAAAGGCCCCGACCCUCUCCUGCUAGAAUAAAGAAGGCAGAAGAAGUGAGGACCCCCCAGUCCGCUGCGCCCCCUGCUACGACUCCUUCUAAACCACCAAAAGAGCAGGACGAGCCGGAGGAACUGGACUUCAUGUUCGAUGAGGAGAUGGAGCAGAUGGACGGCCGGAAGAAUACCUUCACCGACUGGUCAGACGAGGACUCUGAUUACGAAAUAGACGAUCGGGACGUGAACAAGAUCCUCAUCGUCACCCAGACCCCGCCAUCGCUACGAAAGCACCCGGGAGGAGACCGAACCGGCAAUCACACAUCCAGAGCCAAGAUGAGCUCCGAGUGGGCCAAAGUCAUCAACGACGGCCUUUAUUAUUACGAGCAAGACCUUUGGACGGAGCAGUUUGAACCCGAAUACUCUCAGAUCAAGCAAGAGGUAGAGAACUUUAAAAAGGUGAACAUGAUCAGCCGUGAACAGUUCGUCACCUUAACACCUGAGCCGCCCGUGGAUCCCAACCAGGAGGUGCCGCCCGGCCCCCCGAGAUUUCAGCAGGUUCCCACCGACGCCUUGGCCAACAAGCUUUUUGGUGCACCUGAACCUUCCACCAUUGCCCGCUCCCUCCCGACCACUGUCCCCGAAUCUCCGAAUUACCGCAAUGCCCGAACGCCACGCACCCCGCGCACUCCCCGGUUAAAGGAUCCGACUCUGACGCCGCGCUUUUACCCGGUUGUGAAGGAGGGCCGAACGAUCGAUGCCAAGACACCAAGGAAAAGGAAGACCCGUCACAGCUCCAACCCACCCAUGGAGUGUCACGUGGGUUGGGUGAUGGACUCCAGGGAGCACAGGCCGCGCACCACCUCAGUUAGCUCGAACGCCAGCCCAUCCGAGGGGGCUCCAUCCUUGAGCAAUUAUGGGUGUACUCCUCAGUCUUUGCCAAAGUUCCAGCAUCCUUCUCACGAGCUACUGAAGGAGAAUGGAUUUACACAACACGUUUACCACAAAUACCGCCGGCGUUGCCUUAAUGAGAGGAAACGGCUGGGCAUCGGCCAGUCCCAGGAAAUGAACACCCUCUUCCGCUUCUGGUCCUUCUUCCUACGAGAUCAUUUCAACAAGAAAAUGUAUGAGGAGUUCAAGCAACUAGCGGUGGAAGAUGGAAAGGAGGGCUACAGGUACGGGUUGGAGUGCCUUUUUAGAUAUUACAGUUAUGGGCUGGAGAGGAAAUUCCGGUUGGACAUUUUCCGUGACUUCCAGGAAGAGACCAGACGGGACUACGAAUCCGGUCAGCUGUACGGACUGGAAAAAUUCUGGGCCUUCUUAAAAUAUUCCAAAGCCAAAUCCCUAGACAUUGAUCCCAAACUGCAGGAGUACCUGAGCAAGUUCCGCAGGCUGGAGGAUUUUCGAGUGGAUCCGCCUAUGGGUGAAGAUGGAGGUUCCCGGAGACGCCACUCACUGUCUACCGGAGAAGGCCGACGGAGAUACCCUUCUCAGUCAUCUAGCAAGGGACCUGGCCAUCAGACCCAUAAUCCACCAAGAGAGGAUACCAGAGCCCAAGGCCAGAGCUCUGCUUCCACGUUGGAUUCCCAAACUGGAGGGGGGAAGUAGUGGCAUUCGAUCAGGAAAAAUCGAGGGGUCAGGGGAGGGAACAUAUGGGAGACAUAUGAUCCGCCAGCAAAUAUAAAAAGGAUCCCCUCUGCCUCCUACGGGAAAUAGUUCUGCAAACACCAGAGACUCCAGGUGCUGGAGGGAAGGGUUGACUGUUCCUAUUAUUUUCCUGCCAAGGGUGGCGGCCGCUCAUUCUUUGGGGGGAAAAGGUCAUUUUAGUUUGUUUAGGGGUAUUGGAAUUUUAGUUUCAUUUUUUUUUUAGCAGAAUCCUGGCAGAAGUGUGCCCGCCGAGUUGGGAAUUUGUUUUUUUUUUUUCCUUUUUAAAUUAUUGAAUUUGCUGCCCUCUCUGAGAAUUUCCUUUUGUGGAGCGCAGAACUCUCACCUUCUCUUAAAAU